CUUGAAUUUAGAAAAACGUGUGGACGGUGUGGGGAGACUGUAAGUCAUAUGAGACCUUUCCUUAAUCAUUUCUCUCCACUAUAUAUAACACACACACACAUACAUAAACACAUAAAACUAAUCAAAUCCAUCGGAUCAUCUCUGUUUUUUCCAUUUCUAAUCUCUACACCCACAUAAAAAAAUAACAGCUUUAUAACUUAUAAACUGCUCAAAGCAGAGUUAUUUGUGUGUGUAGAGAAGAGAUCAGAUAGAAGAACAAGAACAUGGCACUGGCUAAAGAAAUUAUGUGUGGUUCUAUAAUUGAAAGUACUUCUUUUUCUUCCUCUGCUUCUUACUCAAAAGUGUUUUUGAAUCAAAAUUUUCGCCGGAAUCAAACCCGGUUUUUGGUGAGUCCUGUUUUGGUCCCUUUGGAACAAAGGAGGACACUACAUUUGAGGAAGGUUGUGAGGGGUCCCGUGGCGGCUAUCAGUGAAGAUUUGGUAAGGAGUAAGGCUAUCCAGCCUUCUUCUUCUUCCCCAGUUGAGUCUCCAGUUGAAUCGAAACCUGUUAGCUUCAAGGUCAGAGCCGUGGUGACCGUGAGAAACAAGAACAAAGAAGACUUUAAAGAGACCCUUGUUAAGCACUUAGAUGCCAUAACUGAUAAAAUUGGUAGAAAUGUUGUUUUGGAACUCAUCAGUACCCAAACAGACCCAAGAACUAAUGGUCCAAAGAAGAGCAAAGAGGCUGUUCUGAGAGAUUGGUCAAAGAAAGUUAAUGUCAAAGCAGAAAGGGUUAAUUACACAGCUGAGUUUGAGGUGGAUUCUAACUUUGGUAUUCCUGGAGCAAUUACUGUGACUAACAAGCAUCAAAAGGAGUUUUUCUUAGAGGCCAUAACUGUUGAAGGAUUAGCAUGUGGUCCUGUACAUUUCCCCUGCAAUUCUUGGGUCCAAUCUAAAAAAGAUCAUCCUGCCAAGAGGAUAUUUUUCUCUAAUAAGCCAUAUUUACCAAGUGAAACUCCAGCAGGGCUUAAAGUCUUGAGAGAAAAAGAGCUAAAGAUCUUGAGAGGAAAUGGCAAAGGAGUUAGAAAAUUAUCAGACAGGAUUUAUGACUUUGAUGUGUACAAUGAUUUGGGAAACCCAGAUAAGUCAACUGAAUUAGCUCGUCCUAAACUUGGUGGUAAAGAAAUCCCAUAUCCUAGACGGUGUCGUACUGGUCGUCUCCCUACUGAUACUGAUUUGCAAGCAGAGAGUAGAAUCGAGAAGCCAUUCCCUUUGUAUGUGCCAAGAGAUGAACAAUUUGAGGAGUCAAAACAGGCCAGUUUCUCAUUUGGGAGACUGAAAGCAGUGUUGCAUAAUUUAAUACCUUCCUUAAAGGCUAGCUUUUCAGCUGAAAACCAAGAAUUCAGUGGUUUUGCUGACAUUGAUAACCUUUAUAGUGAAGGUAUACUACUCAAAUUGGGUGUGCAAGAAGAACUUCUCAAGAAGCUACCUUUGAAUUUGGUUACCCGAAUCCAACAAAAUAAAGGCAUACUCAAAUAUGACACUCCUAAAAUUAUUUCAAAGGAUAAAUUUGCUUGGCUGAGGGACGAUGAAUUUGCUCGUCAAGCGAUCGCGGGGGUUAAUCCGGUCUCCAUAGAGAGAAUGACUGUUUUUCCACCAGUGAGCAAGCUUGACCCUGAAAUUUAUGGACCCCAAGAGUCUGCUCUUAAAGAUGAGCAUAUUCUUGGCCAUCUCAAUGGCAUGACAGUCCAGCAGGCCUUGGAUGAAAAGAAGCUAUUCAUGGUGGAUUAUCAUGACAUAUUCCUUCCAUUCCUUGACAAGAUCAACUCACUCGAUGGUCGAAGAACCUACGCUACUCGAACCAUUUAUUUCCUAUCACCCCAAGGCACCCUUAAGCCUGUAGCCAUAGAGCUUAGCCUCCCACAAACCGGACCAAGUUCCCGGUCUAAGCGUGUGGUGACACCACCUGUGGAUGCCACCUCCAAUUGGGUGUGGCAGCUUGCCAAGGCUCACGUUUGCACUAACGAUGCCGGAGUCCAUCAACUAGUAAACCAUUGGUUACGUACGCAUGCUAGCCUUGAACCGUUUAUAUUGUCCGCACAUCGGCAAAUGAGCGCAAUGCAUCCCAUAUACAAGCUUUUGGAUCCUCACAUGAGAUAUACUCUGGAGAUCAAUGCUUUGGCACGACAGAAUCUUAUCAACGCCGAUGGCGUCAUUGAGGCUUGUUUCACAGCCGGUCGCUACGGCAUGGAAAUCAGUGCUGCUGCUUACAAAAGCAUGUGGCGUUUUGACCAGGAAAAUCUCCCUGCCGAUUUGGUUCGAAGAGGAAUGGCUGUUCCUGACCCCACACAGCCACAUGGUGUGAAGGUUGUAAUAGAAGAUUACCCAUAUGCCAACGACGGACUCUUGAUAUGGGGCGCAAUUGAGAACUGGGUCAGCACUUAUGUCAACCGGUACUACCCAAAUUCAAGCGUGGUUUGUAACGACUUGGAGUUGCAGAACUGGUACAGUGAGUCCAUCAAUGUGGGCCACGCCGAUGUUAGGAAUGCAAGUUGGUGGCCCAAGCUAGAGACUCCUGAGGAUCUAACUUCUAUCCUCACUACCCUCAUUUGGCUUGCCUCAGCCCAACAUGCAGCCCUUAAUUUUGGGCAGUACCCAUAUGGUGGCUACGUUCCUAACCGCCCACCACUAAUGAGGAGAUUGAUCCCUGAAGAGAAUGAUCCAGAGUAUGCCACUUUUGUUGCUGACCCUCAGAAAUACUUCCUUUUAGCAUUGCCUUCUGUGUUACAAUCCACAAAAUUUAUGGCUGUGGUUGACACUCUCUCUACUCAUUCCCCUGACGAGGAGUACAUUGGGGAGAGACAGCAGCCAUCGAUUUGGUCUGGUGAUCCCGAGAUUGUGGAGGCGUUUUACGAGUUCUCAGCUCAGGUGAAAAAUAUUGAAAAGGAAAUUGAGAGAAGGAACAAUGAUCCAAGCCUUAGAAAUAGGUGUGGAGCUGGGGUGUUACCUUAUGAACUACUUGCCCCUAGCUCUGAACCUGGUGUAACAUGUAGAGGUGUGCCAAACAGUGUUUCCAUAUGAUCAUAUCUUCCAAGACUGGAGCAUCUUUUCAGUGAAAACAAUAUUUAGUAAAGAAUUGUUUAUGGGGAGAUACCUCAAAAUCUGUAUGAAGAUUAAUUGAGUUUGCUCUUUGAUCUGGUUAUUACUUAGGGGUUUUGUAUAGGGUGUAGUAUAGAGAUCAGUUUAAUGGAGAUUCAAGUACAUAGUAAUGAAACUUGACGGUCGUCUUUUUGUAA